AUGGACGACCCGACCAACCGCAGCUCGACCCUGACGGACUACUUCCUGUCCAGCGUCAGCCCGGACUACGAGAUUCCUCCGGACGACAUCCCGGACACCACGCAGGGCCGGGCCUUCUUCGUGGCCACCAUCGUCAUCGCCUUGGUCCUGGUGGGCAUCAUGUUGGUGUGCGGCGUGGGGAACUGUCUGUUCAUCGCCAGCCUCGCCCGCUACAAGCAGCUCCGCAACCUCACCAACCUGCUGAUCGCCAACCUGGCGGUGUCGGACGUGCUGGUGGCGGCCGUGUGCUGCCCCUUCCUGCUGGACUACUACGUGGUGAAGCAGCUGUCGUGGGAUCACGGCCUGCUGCUCUGCGCCUCCACCAACUACCUGCGCACCGUCUCCCUCUACGUGUCCACCAACGCACUGCUGGCCAUCGCUGUGGACAGGUACAUGGCCAUCCUCUACCCUCUGAGGCCUCGGAUGAAGAUCCAGACGGCGUACUGCGUGAUCCUGACGGUCUGGAUCGUCCCCAUCCUCGUCUCCAUCCCCACCGCCUACAUGGCCUCCGAGAUGACGUACCCGCACGUGGAAGGGCGCACCCACAAGACCUUCUGUGCCCAGAUCUGGCCCGUGGACCAGCAGGUUUACUACCGCUCCUACUUCCUCCUCAUCUUCGCCCUGGAGUUCUUGGGCCCCGUGACCGUCAUGGCCGUGUGCUACAUCCGGAUCUCCAGGGAGCUGUGGUUUAAGGACGUCCCGGGUUUCCAGACGGAUCAGAUCCGGAAGAGGCUCCACAGGCGCCGGAGGACGGUGGUGGUGCUGAUUCUGGUGCUGGUGGCCUACAUCCUGUGCUGGGCGCCGUACUACGGCUUCGCCCUGCUGCGGGACUUCUACCCCACGCUCAUAUCCAGGGACAAGAACUCGCUGGUGGUGUUCUACAUCAUCGAGUGCCUCGCCAUGAGCAACGGGGUCAUCAACACGCUCUGCUUCAUGAGCGUCCGGCACAACAACAAGCGCCUGAAGAAGGCGGGAAAGUUCCAGCUGAGGUUGGUGACGUUUGUGGCCGCCAAGUCGCUGGAUGACGGGGAGGCGCCGACCUGCUCCCUCCGGGUGACGGAGGACUCGGCUCGGCUGAAGUAG